ACAUUUCAUCUCCACAGGUCUGUAUUUGCUGAGGUGCAGGAUGUCUGCCCUGAGGCUGAUCUCUAACAGGACCUCCCAGCAGGCCUUGUCCAACUCUGAUUACACCUGGGACUACGAGUACUAUGAGUACGGACCUGUGUCAUUUGAAGGCCUCAAGGCUCAUAAGUAUUCCAUUGUGAUUGGAUUUUGGGUUGGUCUUGCAGUUUUUGUCAUCUUCAUGUUUUUUGUCCUGACCCUGCUGACGAAGACAGGAGCGCCACAUCAAGACAAUGCAGAGCUUUCUGAAAAAAGAUUUCACAUGAAGAGCUUUGUGGCAGAAUUCGGAAGACCUUUGGAGUCUGAGAGGGUCUUUUCUCACCAAAUGGCUGAAGAAUCCCAGUCACUUUUCCAUUUCUGCAUUAAUGAAGUGGACCAUAUGAACAAAGAAAAAGAAAGUCAGAAAGGUCAAAGUCUGGAGAGUAAUACCCACUUCCAGGAGGUUCCCAAGAGCAGUGCAAUGUUUGAGGAAGACCUACAUUGUCUUACAAAAUUUAACAUUCCUAACUUUGUGAACACUGAGCAGAACUCUUCAUUAGGUGAGGAUGAUCUCCUCAUCUCAGAGCCACCAAUCAUUUUAUAAAGCAAACUGGUUAUGCAAUCUUAACAUUAGAUCCUUGAUUGAAGAAUCCUUUAAGGUAAACAUCUCCAUUAUUGUCCAGUUUGAAGCCUUUCUUGGCCUCCUGCUCCUUUGACGGAAAGCAUUUCAGACCUGUGCUUUUCAUUGUAUGUAAGACUGGCUGUACUGAUAGAGCUCAGUUUAGACAAGAAGAGAGACACUGAAUGCUUUAUUCUGAUGCCUUCUGUGGUCUAAAACUUCUGCCCAGUAUUAUUUUUGCUUUUUGGUUUUUUUUUUUUUUUGUUUCUUGCACUGUUCUUCAUUUUUAAACAACUACUCAUGACCAGCUUCUGAAGGAUAAUAAUCCACUGUGAAGGACUGUGAAGGCUGAGCCUGGCAUUGGGAGGUCUGUGAAAAUUCAUUGGCCAAGAAAAGUGUAAAUCUCCAAGGGGACUGAAGAAAGGAAUAAACAGCCCCUGGGGAUGCUCUGUGGUUUCUGCUGCUCCCAAUAAAGAUGCCUGAAGCUGAGCACCACAAUAAAUCCUGCUUUGGACUAACUUCACUUUCUGAUCCCUAACUGCUUUUUGGUGCAGGUUAAACCCAUUUUACAAAGCUUCCAGAGGGAAUACCUUGCAAGUGAAAUUGUUUGGUUACAGUGUUUACAAAAUGCUAUCUCCACCUGCUGCUGAGUAAAACAAAUUGGUGCCUGUAAUUAUAACUCAGAAUGACACCUCAGCAGCUGCCCCUGAUGACAUAAAUUAGUAUUCUACACACAAACUGUGAUUUGACUAUUUUCUUUUUUUUUUUCCCUGCUAGUUGCUGAUGUGAAAUUCCAGUUCAGUAAUUACAGGAUUCAGUAGCUAAAUCAUAGGAAAUAAGAAAAAACCUAUUUUUCUUCUGCCAAUAAAGUUACUACAUGCAAAUGGUGGUGGUA